GGGCGGAAGUAAACAAAGCUGAAGGAGGGAAAAGAGGAGGAAAAGAAGAGAAGAUAGAAGAGGAGAAUAAACAGGUCAAAAGAACCCUCGUGUUUCUGUCAACUCUCUCCUUCCUGCAGGCUCCUCUGUGUUCUCCGUCAUGAUGGCCACCAAAAGACUGGACCACUUUCAGGUGACCUGUGAAUGGGCGUCCUGUGAGUUCAGGGGCUGCACCAUGGAAGAGCUGAGCGACCACAUGUCUCUGCAUUUGAAGGACUACCUGGGAGAUGGAGAUGCUCUGGAGGAACUGGACGAGUAUUCCUGUUUGUGGAAAGGGUGUGAGUUUGUGUCCAUGGGAAUUCCAGCAGAACUAGAAGUUCACGCCUACUUCCACAAUUUUCAUGAAAAACUGAAGUUUAUGGGAUCACAGCUGCUCCGCUCACGUUCUGAUCUUCCCAGCUGCACUCAGGGCGUAAACAGCAUCAACCUUCUUCCUGAAGGAUUUGACGGAUACGUCUGCCAGUGGGAACAAUGUGACAGUGUGUUCAACAACCCAGAAUGGUUCUACAGACAUGUGGACAAUCAUGUAGAAAGUGCUGAAUCUCAGUCUCUGCCACAGCAGCAGCAGUCGGCAUUAUUUUGCCAGUGGUCAGGCUGUGACACAUUCUUUAAGAUUCGGUACCGACUGAGGGAGCACAUUCGCAGCCACACUCAGGAGAGACUAGUGGCCUGUCCCACCUGUGGAGGAAUGUUCUCCAGCAACACUAAACUGUUUGACCACCUGCAGCGUCAGGCAGAACCUGUGGAGUCGCUGGUGUGUGAUCACUGUGGCAAAGCUUUCUCCACUGAGAGGCUCCUGAGAGACCACGUUAGACAGCACGUGAACCAGGUGAAGUGUCCGUUCUGUGAUAUGACCUGUACGACCCUGGCUGCUCUGAAAAUCCACAUUCGGUUCCGUCACUGUGACGAGCGUCCGUUCCCCUGUGACUUCUGUGACAAAAGGUUUAAAAACCAGCGUGAUCUACAGAAACACACCGAGGUUCACAACCAGGGAACUGUUUAUCGCUGCACAGUUGACGGCUGCACUUACUCCUGUCACACUUUUCAAACCAUGACUCAACACUUUAAGAGAGUGCACGAGGAUGGAGGGUCGUCUAAGUACAAAUGUCACCUAUGUGAUAAAGUCUUCUCCUGGUGUUACACUCUGACGCUGCACCUGAGAAAGAAACACGAACUCAAGUGGCCGUCAGGGCACUCGCGCUUCAGGUACAGGAAGGACGUGGACGGCUUCCUGAAAGUCAACAUGGUUCGUUUUGAAACUGUGGAAGUAACAAAGCAGAUCAUGAAGAACAUGGUGAAGAAGAAAAGACAGAGUCUCCGCAGCAGUGGACGGAGUGGCAGCUCGGCAGGGUCGGGGCCAUCAUCUGCUGUGGUGACAUCACAGAGUUCUCCUGCAGCCUCAACCUCCUCUCCAUCUGGCUCCUCCCCCUCUGGCUCCUCCUCUUGCUCCUCAGAGGAAUAUGAGGAGUCAUCUCAGCUCAGUCCACCAGGGGGAGAUGGCAGUGACUCUCCAGUCUAUUGCGUUAUGAACAACAUUCCAAACAUCGCUGACAUGGACGACUGCACGUCUGACACAGUCACAUUAUCUCAGGACAGCUGUGACCCCAGCGCCACCUCUGGAGCCGUUCAGGCUCUGACUGAAGUGGCUCGAGGCCUGGGAAUGGACGUGGUCUGAAGGAAUGGUUCAUAGCUACAGCAGAAAAAAACAUAAUUAUGUCACAUGACAUUAUUAUGUUUCAGAUGUGACUUGCAUUUUAAAUAUGACACAAACCAUUGAAGCUCAUCCUCUUUAGAUAAUUUAUUAUUUUAAUUUUAACAAAGAAAACGUUUUACUAAUUAUUGAAGGUUUUAUGUGGGUUUUUUGUGUUUUUUUCUGUUGUAGCUGUUAAACCUCUGUCACUUCUUCUGCUGCUGGUUCUAAAAUUGAAAACUUUUUUCCUUCAUUUCAGUUGGUGAAGCUAAAACGUGGCAGUAGAAGAGCAUCACUCACCUCAGGUCUCCAACAGAUUCCACCUCAAAUGUUUUCUUGUUCUUUUUUGAAUUGUGAUUGUUCUCAGACUAACCCUUUGGUCUGUCUGUUUUUUUUCUACUACUGAAACUUUCCAUAAUGUUUCUGAUCUUGGGUGAGCAAGUAUCUGACUCAAAACCUUUUUUUAAACUCAAAAAGUAUUUUUUAAAUUAAAUUUUAAGUUUUCCUUGUUUAUUAUUUAAAAUAUUUUUUGAUACAUGAAGUUGAGAAUAAUGAAGUUGAGAAUGUUCCAUUUUUACUCUGCAAGUCAGAUCACAUAAAAAUCACUCUCUUUUUCACCGUACUGUUUUUUUCUCUGAUCCAGUUACAGUUCAAACCCUGACAAAACAGACAACUUGUUAGAGUUCUGAACAUAAACAUUAAAACAACUAAAGAGUCACAAUGUCCAGAUGUUUGUCAGGGAGGGGUAAGUAGAGAAGUCCUAUAUUGUAAUUAAAAUACUUGAAAGUAUUAUCGUACUGUAGGAUGUAAAAAUGUGUUGUAAUUGUAAUUAUUCUGUCAAGGUAAUUUGUUGAAGACAGAAAGGGUUUUGUUACUUGAGAUGUAGUCAUUAUUUCCUAGAUAACUGGAAGCAGCCCAGUCAGAGAAAAACACAGAG